AUGGAAUCUGGGAGAAGGGGGUGGAAUCUGGGAGAAGGGGAUGGAAUCUGGGAGAAGGGGAUGGAAUCUGGGAGAAGGGGAUGGAAUCUGGGAGAAGGGGAUGGAAUCUGGGAGAAGGGGAUGGAAUCAGGGAGAAGGGGAUGGAAUCUGGGAGAAGGGGAUGGAAUCUGGGAGAAAGGGAUGGAAUCUGGGAGAAGGGGAUGGAAUCUGGAAGAAGGGGAUGGAAUCUGGGAGAACGGGAUGGAAUCUGGGAGAAGGGGAUGGAAUCUGGGAGCAGGGGAUGGAAUCUGGGAGAAGGGGAUAGAAUCUGGGAGAAGGGGAUGGAAUCAGGGAGAAGGGGAUGGAAUCUGGGAGAAGGGGAUGGAAUCAGGGAGAAGGGGAUGGAAUCUGGGAGAAGGGGAUAGAAUCUGGGAGAAGGGGAUAGAAUCUGGGAGAAGGGGAUGGAAUCUAGGAGAAGGGGAUGGAAUCAUGGAGAAGGGGAUGGAAUCUGAGAGAAGGGGAUGGAAUCUGGGAGAAGGGGCUUCCCAUCACCCCACCCCAUUCUCCCGCUUCCCAUCAACCCGCCCCAUUCACCCGCUUUCUAUCACCCGUCCCCAUUCUUCCUCCUUCCAUCACCCCGCCCCAUUCUCCCGCUUUCCAUCACCCCGCCCCAUUCUCCCGCUUUCCAUCACCUUGCCCCAUUCUCCCACUUUUUAUCACCCCGCCCCAUUCUCCUGCUUUCCAUCGCCCCGCCCGAUUCUCCCUCCUUCCAUCACCCCACACCAUUCUCCCGCAUUCUAUCACCCCGCCCCAUUCUCCUGCUUUCCAUCACCCUGCCCCAUUCUCUCGCUUUCUAUCAUCUGUCCCCAUUCUCCCUCCUUCCAUCACCCCGCCCCAUUCUCCCGCUUUCCAUCACUCCGCCCCAUUCUCCCGCUUUCCAUCACCUCGCCCCAUUCUCCUGCUUUCCAUCACCCCGCCCCAUUCUCCCUCUUUCCAUCACCCCGCCCCAUUCUCCCGCUUUCUAUCACCCCACCCCAUUCUCCCGCUUUCCAUCACCCCGCCCCAUUCUCCCUCUUUCCAUCACCCCACCCCAUUCUCCCGCCUUUCAUCACCCCGCCCCAUUCUCCCGCUUUCCAUCACCGCGCCCAAUUCUCCCGCUUUCCAUCACCCCGCCCCAUUCCCGCCUUCCAUCACCCCGCCCCAUUCUCCCUCUUUCCAUCACCCCGCCCCAUUCUCACGCUUUCCAUCACCCCGCCCCAUUCUCCCGUUUUCCAUCACCCCGCCCCAUUCUCUCGCUUUCCAUCACCCCGCCUUAUUCUCCCGCUUUCCAUCACCCCGCCCCAUUCUCCCGAUUUCCAUCACCCCGCCCCAUUCUCCCGCUUUCCAUCACCCCGCCCCAUUCUCCCACUUUCCAUCACCCCGCCCCAUUCUCCCGCUUUCCAACACCCCGACCCAUUCUCCCUCUUUCCAUCACCCUGCACCAUUCUCCCUCUUUCCAUCAACCCGCCCCAUUCUCCCUCUGUCCAUCACCCCGCCCCAUUCUCCCGCUUUCCAUCACCCCGCGCCAUUUUCCCUCUUUCUAUCACCCCGCCCCAUUCUCCCGCUUUCCAUCACCCUGCCCCAUUCUCCCGCUUACCAUCACCCCGCUCCAUUGUCCCGCUUUCCAUCACCCCGCCCGAUUCUCCCUCUUUCCAUCACCCCUCCCCAUUCUCCCUCUUUCCAUCACCCCGCCCCAUUCUCCCGCUUUCCAUCACCCCGCCCCAUUCUCCCUCUUUCCAUCACCCCGCCCCAUUCUCCCUCUUUCCAUCACCCCGCCCCAUUCUCCCGCUCUCUAUCACCCCACCCCAUUCUCUCGCUUUCCAUCACCCCGUCCUGUUCUCCCUCUUUCCAUCACCCCGCCCCAUUCUCCCGCCUUUCAUCACCCCGCCCCAUUCUCCCGCUUUCCAUCACCACGCCCCAUUCUCCCGCCUUCCAUCACCCCGCCCCGUUCUCCCUCUUUCCAUCACCCCGCCCCAUUCUCACGCUUUCCAUCACCCUGCUCCAUUCUCCCUCUUUCCAUCACCCGCCCCAUUCUCCCGCUUUCCAUCACCCCGCCCCAUUCUCACUCUAUCCAUCACCCCGCCCAAUUCUCCCACUUUCCAUCACCCCGUCCCAUUCUCCCGUUUUCCAUCACCCCGCCCCAUUCUCUCGCUUUCCAUCACCCCGCCUUAUUCUCCCGCUUUCCAUCACCCCGACCCAUUCUCCCGAUUUCCAUCACCCCGCCCCAUUCUCCCGCUUUCCAUCACCUCGCCCCAUUCUCCCGCUUUCCAUCACCCCGCCCCAUUCUCCCGCUUUCCAACACCUCGCCCCAUUCUCCCGCUUUCCAUCACCCCGCCCCAUUCUCACUCUUUCCAUCACCCCGCCCCAUUCUCCCUCUUUCCAUCACCACGCCCCAUUCUCCCGCUUUCCAUCACCCCGCCCCAUUCUCCGUCUUUCCAUAACCCCGCCCCAUUCUCCCGCUUUCCAUCACCCCGCCCCAUUCUCCCUCUUUCCAUCACCCCGCCCCAUUCUCCCUCUUUCCAUCACCCCGCCCCAUUCUCCCGCUUUCCAUCACCCCGCCCCAUUCUCCCUCUUUCCAUAACCCCGCCCUAUUCUCCCGCUUUCCAUCACCCCGCCCCAUUCUCCCUCUUUCCAUCACCCCGCCCUGUACUCCCGCUUACCAUCACUCCGUCCCAUUCUCCCGCUUUCCAUCACGCCGCCCCAUUCUCCCGCUUUCUAUCACCCCGCCCCAUUCUCCCGCUUUCCAUCACCCUGCCCCAUUCUCCCGCUUUCCAUCACCCCGCCCCAUUCUCCCGCUUUCCAUCACCCCGCCCCAUUCUCCCGCGUUCCAUCACCCCGCUCCAUUCUCCCGCUUUCCAUCACCCCUCCCCAUUCUCUCGCUUUCCAUCACCCCUCCCCAAUAUCUCGCUUUCCAUCACCCCGCCCCAUUCUCUCGCUUUCCAGCACCCCGCCUCAUUCUCCCGCUUUCCAUCACCCCGCCCCAUUCUCCCGCUCUCCAUCACCCCGCCCCAUUUUCCCGCUUUCCAGCACCCCGCCCCAUUCUCCCGCUUUCCAUCACCCCGCCCCAUUCUCCCCCUUUCCAUCACCCCGCCCCAUUCUCCCGCUUUCCAUCACCCGCCCCAUUCUCCCGCUUUCCAUCACCCCGCCCCAUUCUCCCGCUUUCCAUCACCCCACCCCAUUCUCCCUCUUUCCAUCACCCCGCCCCGUUCUCCCGCUUUCCAUCACCCCGCCCCCUUCUCCCGCUUUCCAUCACCCCACCCCCUUCUCCCACUUUCUAUCACCCCUCCCUAUUCUCUCGCUUUCCAUCACCCCUCCCCAUUCUCUCGCUUUCCAUCACCCCGCCCCAUUCUCCAGCUUUCCAUCACCCCGCCCCAUUCUCCCGCUCUACAUCAACCCGCCCCAUUUUCCCGCUUUCCAGCACCCCGCCCCAUUCUCCCGCUUUCCAUCACCCCGCCCCAUUCUCCCCCUUUCCAUCACCCCGCCCCAUUCUCCCGUUCUCCAUCACCCGCCCCAUUCUCCCGCUUUCCAUCACCCCGCCCCCUUCUCGCGCUUUCCAUCACCCCGCCCCAUUCUCCCGCUUUCCAUCACCCCGCCCCAUUCUCCCGCUUUCCAUCACCCCGCCCUAUUCUCCCGCUUUCCAUCACCUUACCCGAUUCUCCUGCUUUCCAUCUCCCCGCCCCAUUCUCCCUCUUUCCAUCACCCCACCCCAUUCUCCCACUUUUGAUCACCCCGCCCCAUUCUCCCUCUUUCCAUCACCCCGCCCCAUUCUCCCUCCUUCCAUCACCCCGCCAAAUUCUCCCGCUUUCCAUCACCCCACCCUAUUCUCCCGCUUUCCAUCACCCCGCCCCAUUCUCCCGCUUUCCAUCACCCCGCCCCAUUCUCCCGCUUUCCAUCAACCCGCCCCAUUCUCCCGCUUUCCAUGACCCCGCCCCAUUCUCCCGCUUUCCAUCACCCCGCCCCAUUCUCCCUCUUUCCAUCACCCCGCCCUGUUCUCCCGCUUUCCAUCACCCCGCCCCCUUCUCCCGCUUUCCAUCACCCCACCCCCUUCUCCCGCUUUCCAUCACCCUGCCCCUUCUCCCACUUUCCAUCACCCCGCCCCAUUCUUCCGCUUUCCAUCACUCCGCCCCAUUCUCCCGCUUUCCAUUACCCCACCCCAUUCUCCCGCUUUCCAUCACCCCGCCCCAUUCUCCCGCUUUCCAUCACCCCGCCCCAUUCUCCCGCCUUCCAUCACCCCGCCCCAAUCUCCCGCUUUCCAUCACCCCGCCCCAAUCUCCCGCCUUCCAUCACCCCGCCCCAAUCUCCCGCUUUCCAUCACCCCGCCCCAUUCUCCCUCUUUCCAUCACACCGCCCCAUUCUCCCGCUUUCCAUCGCCCCAGCCCAUUCUCCCUCCUUCCAUCACCUCGCCCCAUUCUCCCUCCUUCCAUCACCCCGCCCAAUUCUCCCUCCUUCCAUCACCCCCACCCCGCCCCAUUCUCCCGCUUUCCAUCACCCUGCCCCAUUCUCCCGCUUUCCGUCACCCCGCCCCAUUCUCCCGCUUUCCAUCACCCCACCCCCUUCUCCCACUUUCUAUCACCCCUCCCUAUUCUCUCGCUUUCCAUCACCCCUCCCCAUUCUCUCGCUUUCCAUCACCCCGCCCCAUUCUCCAGCUUUCCAUCACCCCGCCCCAUUCUCCCGCUCUACAUCACCCCGCCCCAUUUUCCCGCUUUCCAGCACCCCGCCCCAUUCUCCCGCUCUCCAUCACCCCGCCCCAUUUUCCCGCUUUCCAGCACCCCGCCCCAUUCUCCCGCUUUCCAUCACCCCGCCCCAUUCUCCCGUUUUCCAUCACCCGCCCCAUUCUCCCGCUUUCCAUCACCCCGCCCCAUUCUCGCGCUUUCCAUCACCCCGCCCCAUUCUCCCGCUUUCCAUCACCCCGCCCCAUUCUCCCGCUUUCCAUCACCCCGGCCUAUUCUCCCGCUUUCCAUCACCUUGCCCGAUUCUCCUGCUUUCCAUCUCCCCGCCCCAUUCUCCCUCUUUCCAUCACCCCACCCCAUUCUCCCGCUUUUGAUCACCCCGCCCCAUUCUCCCUCUUUCCAUCACCCCGCCCCAUUCUCCCUCCUUCCAUCACCCCGCCAAAUUCUCCCGCUUUCCAUCACCCCACCCUAUUCUCCCGCUUUCCAUCACCCCGCCCCAUUCUCCCGCUUUCCAUCACCCCGCCCCAUUCUCCCGCUUUCCAUCAUCCCGCCCCAUUCUCCCGCUUUCCAUGACCCCGCCCCAUUCUCCCGCUUUCCAUCACCCCGCCCCAUUCUCCCUCUUUCCAUCACCCCGCCCUGUUCUCCCGCUUUCCAUCACCCCGCCCCCUUCUCCCGCUUUCCAUCACCCCACCCCCUUCUCCCGCUUUCCAUCACCCUGCCCCUUCUCCCGCUUUCCAUCACCCCGCCCCAUUCUUCCGCUUUCCAUCACUCCGCCCCAUUCUCCCGCUUUCCAUUACCUCGCCCCAUUCUCCCGCUUUCCAUCACCCCGCCCCAUUCUCCCGCUUUCCAUCACCCCGCCCCAAUCUCCCGCCUUCCAUCACCCCGCCCCAAUCUCCCGCUUUCCAUCACCCCGCCCCAUUCUCCCUCUUUCCAUCACUCCGCCCCAUUCUCCCGCUUUCCAUCGCCCCGGCCCAUUCUCCCUCCUUCCAUCACCUCGCCCCAUUCUCCCUCCUUCCAUCACCCUGCCCAAUUCUCCCUCCUUCCAUCACCCCGUCCCAUUCUCCCGCUUCCAUCACCCCGCCCCAUUCUCCCGCUUUCCAUCACCCCGCCCCAUUCUCCCCCUUUCCAUCACCCCGCCCCAUUCUCCCGCUUUCCAUCACCCCGCCCCAUUCUCCCUGUUUCCAUCACCCCGCCCCAUUCUCCCUCUUUCCAUCACCCCGCCCUGUUCUCCCGCUUACCAUCACUCCGUCCCAUUCUCCCGCUUUUCAUCACGCCGCCCCAUUCUCCCGCUUUCCAUCACCCCGCCCCAUUCUCCCGCUUUCCAUCACCCUGCCCCAUUCUCCCGCUUUCCGUCACCCCGCCCCAUUCUCCCGCUUUCCAUCACCCCGCCCCAUUCUCCCGCCACCCCGCCCCCUUCUUCCGCUUUCCAUCACCCCGCCCCAUUCUCCCGCUCUCCAUCACCCCGCCCCAUUUUCCCGCUUUCCAGCACCCCGCCCCAUUCUCCGGCUUUCCAUCACCCCGCCCCAUUCUCCCCCUUUCCAUCACCCCGCCCCAUUCUCCCGCUUUCCAUCACCCGCCCCAUUCUCCCGCUUUCCAUCACCCCGCCCCAUUCUCCCUCUUUCCAUCACCCCGCCCCGUUCUCCCGCUUUCCAUCACCCCGCCCCCUUCUCCCGCUUUCCAUCACCCCACCCCCUUCUCCCGCUUUCCAUCACCCCUCCCCAUUCUCUCGCUUUCCAUCACCCCUCCCCAUUCUCUCGCUUUCCAUCACCCCGCCCCAUUCUCUCGCUUUCAUGCACACCGCCCCAUUCUCCCGCUUUCCAUCACCCCGCCCCAUUCUCCCGCUCUCCAUCACCCCGCCCCAUUUUCCCGCUUUCCAGCACCCCGCCCCAUUCUCCCGCUUUCCAUCAACCCGCCCCAUUCUCCCCCUUUCCAUCACCCCGCCCCAUUCUCCCGCUUUCCAUCACCCGCCCCAUUCUCCCGCUUUCCAUCACCCCGCCCCAUUCUCCCGCUUUCCAUCACCCCGCCCCAUUCUCCCGCUUUCCAUCACCCCGCCCCAUUCUCCCGCUUUCCAUCACCCCGCCCUAUUCUCCCGCUUUCCAUCACCUUGCCCGAUUCUCCUGGUUUCCAUCUCCCCGCCCCAUUCUCCCUCUUUCCAUCACCCCACCCCAUUCUCCCGCUUUUGAUCACCCCGCCCCAUUCUCCCUCUUUCCAUCACCCCGCCCCAUUCUCCCUCCUUCCAUCACCCCGCCAAAUUCUCCCGCUUUCCAUCAUCCCACCCUAUUCUCCCGCUUUCCAUCACCCCGCCCCAUUCUCCCGCUUUCCAUCACCCCGCCCCAUUCUCCCGCUUUCCAUCAACCCGCCCCAUUCUCCCGCUUUCCAUGACCCCGCCCCAUUCUCCCGCUUUCCAUCACCCCGCCCCAUUCUCCCUCUUUCCAUCACCCCGCCCUGUUCUCCCGCUUUCCAUCACCCCACCCCCUUCUUCCGCUUUCCAUCACCCCACCCCCUUCUCCCGCUUUCCAUCACCCUGCCCUUCUCCCGCUUUCCAUCACCCCACCCCAUUCUCCCGCUUUCUAUCACCCCGCCCCAUUCUCCCGCUUUCCAUCACCCCGCCCCAUUCUCCCGCUUUCCAUCACCCCGCCCCGUUCUCCCGCUUUCCAUCACCCCGCCCCGUUCUCUUGCUUUCCAUCACCCCGCCCCGUUCUCCCGCUUUCCAUCACCCCGCCCCAUUCUUCCCCUUUCCAUCACCCCGCCCCGUUCUCCCGCUUUCCAUCAUCCCGCCCCAUUCUUCCGCUUUCCAUCACCCCGCCCCAUUCUCCCCCUUUCCAUCACCCCGCCCCAUUCUCCCCCUUUCCAUCACCCCGCCCCAUUCUCCCCUUUCCAUCACCCCGCCCCAUUCUCCCGCUUUCCAUUACCCCGCCCCAUUCUCCCUCCUUCCAUCACCCCGCCCCAUUCUCCCGCUUUCCAUCACCCCGCCCCAUUCUCCCUCCUUCCAUCACCCCGCCCCAAUUUCCCUCCUUCCAUCACCCUGCCCCAUUCUCCCUCCUUCCAUCACCCCGCCCCAUUCUCACGCUUCCAUCACCCCGCCCCAUCCUCCCGCUUUCCAUCACCCCGCCCCAUUCUCCCCCUUUCCAUCACCCCGCCCCAUUCUCCCGCUUUCCAUUACCCCGCCCCAUUCUCCCUCCUUCCAUCACCCCGCCCCAUUCUCCCACUUUCCAUCACCCCGCCCCAUUCUCCCUCCUUCCAUCACCCCGCCCCAGUUUCCCUCAUUCCAUCACCCUGCCCCAUUCUCCCUCCUUCCAUCACCCCGCCCCAUUCUCAUGCUUCCAUCACCCCGCCCCAUUCUCCCACUUUCCAUCACCCCGCCCCAUUCUCCCGCUUUCCAACACCCCGACCCAUUCUCCCGCUUUCCAUCACCCUGCACCAUUCUCCCUCUUUCCAUCAACCCGCCCCAUUCUCCCUCUGUCCAUCACCCCGCCCCAUUCUCCCGCUUUCCAUCACCCCGCGCCAUUUUCCCUCUUUCUAUCACCCCGCCCCAUUCUCCCGCUUUCCAUCACCCUGCCCCAUUCUCCCGCUUACCAUCACCCCGCUCCAUUGUCCCGCUUUCCAUCACCCCGCCCGAUUCUCCCUCUUUCCAUCACCCCUCCCCAUUCUCCCUCUUUCCAUCACCCCGCCCCAUUCUCCCGCUUUCCAUCACCCCGCCCCAUUCUCCCUCUUUCCAUCACCCCGCCCCAUUCUCCCUCUUUCCAUCACCCCGCCCCAUUCUCCCGCUCUCUAUCACCCCACCCCAUUCUCUCGCUUUCCAUCACCCCGUCCUGUUCUCCCUCUUUCCAUCACCCCGCCCCAUUCUCCCGCCUUUCAUCACCCCGCCCCAUUCUCCCGCUUUCCAUCACCCCGCCCCAUUCUCCCGCCUUCCAUCACCCCGCCCCGUUCUCCCUCUUUCCAUCACCCCGCCCCAUUCUCACGCUUUCCAUCACCCUGCUCCAUUCUCCCUCUUUCCAUCACCCGCCCCAUUCUCCCGCUUUCCAUCACCCCGCCCCAUUCUCACUCUAUCCAUCACCCCGCCCAAUUCUCCCACUUUCCAUCACCCCGUCCCAUUCUCCCGUUUUCCAUCACCCCGCCCCAUUCUCUCGCUUUCCAUCACCCCGCCUUAUUCUCCCGCUUUCCAUCACCCCGACCCAUUCUCCCGAUUUCCAUCACCCCGCCCCAUUCUCCCGCUUUCCAUCACCUCGCCCCAUUCUCCCGCUUUCCAUCACCCCGCCCCAUUCUCCCGCUUUCCAACACCUCGCCCCAUUCUCCCGCUUUCCAUCACCCCGCCCCAUUCUCACUCUUUCCAUCACCCCGCCCCAUUCUCCCUCUUUCCAUCACCACGCCCCAUUCUCCCGCUUUCCAUCACCCCGCCCCAUUCUCCCACCCCGCCUCAUUCUCCCGCUUUCCAUCACCCCGCCCCAUUCUCCCGCUCUCCAUCACCCCGCCCCAUUUUCCCGCUUUCCAGCACCCCGCCCCAUUCUCCCGCUUUCCAUCACCCCGCCCCAUUCUCCCCCUUUCCAUCACCCCGCCCCAUUCUCCCGCUUUCCAUCACCCGCCCCAUUCUCCCGCUUUCCAUCACCCCGCCCCAUUCUCCCGCUUUCCAUCACCCCACCCCAUUCUCCCUCUUUCCAUCACCCCGCCCCGUUCUCCCGCUUUCCAUCACCCCGCCCCCUUCUCCCGCUUUCCAUCACCCCACCCCCUUCUCCCACUUUCUAUCACCCCUCCCUAUUCUCUCGCUUUCCAUCACCCCUCCCCAUUCUCUCGCUUUCCAUCACCCCGCCCCAUUCUCCAGCUUUCCAUCACCCCGCCCCAUUCUCCCGCUCUACAUCACCCCGCCCCAUUUUCCCGCUUUCCAGCACCCCGCCCCAUUCUCCCGCUUUCCAUCACCCCGCCCCAUUCUCCCCCUUUCCAUCACCCCGCCCCAUUCUCCCGUUCUCCAUCACCCGCCCCAUUCUCCCGCUUUCCAUCACCCCGCCCCCUUCUCGCGCUUUCCAUCACCCCGCCCCAUUCUCCCGCUUUCCAUCACCCCGCCCCAUUCUCCCGCUUUCCAUCACCCCGCCCUAUUCUCCCGCUUUCCAUCACCUUACCCGAUUCUCCUGCUUUCCAUCUCCCCGCCCCAUUCUCCCUCUUUCCAUCACCCCACCCCAUUCUCCCACUUUUGAUCACCCCGCCCCAUUCUCCCUCUUUCCAUCACCCCGCCCCAUUCUCCCUCCUUCCAUCACCCCGCCAAAUUCUCCCGCUUUCCAUCACCCCACCCUAUUCUCCCGCUUUCCAUCACCCCGCCCCAUUCUCCCGCUUUCCAUCACCCCGCCCCAUUCUCCCGCUUUCCAUCAACCCGCCCCAUUCUCCCGCUUUCCAUGACCCCGCCCCAUUCUCCCGCUUUCCAUCACCCCGCCCCAUUCUCCCUCUUUCCAUCACCCCGCCCUGUUCUCCCGCUUUCCAUCACCCCGCCCCCUUCUCCCGCUUUCCAUCACCCCACCCCCUUCUCCCGCUUUCCAUCACCCUGCCCCUUCUCCCACUUUCCAUCACCCCGCCCCAUUCUUCCGCUUUCCAUCACUCCGCCCCAUUCUCCCGCUUUCCAUUACCCCGCCCCAUUCUCCCGCUUUCCAUCACCCCGCCCCAUUCUCCCGCUUUCCAUCACCCCGCCCCAAUCUCCCGCCUUCCAUCACCCCGCCCCAAUCUCCCGCUUUCCAUCACCCCGCCCCAAUCUCCCGCCUUCCAUCACCCCGCCCCAAUCUCCCGCUUUCCAUCACCCCGCCCCAUUCUCCCUCUUUCCAUCACACCGCCCCAUUCUCCCGCUUUCCAUCGCCCCAGCCCAUUCUCCCUCCUUCCAUCACCUCGCCCCAUUCUCCCUCCUUCCAUCACCCCGCCCAAUUCUCCCUCCUUCCAUCACCCCCACCCCGCCCCAUUCUCCCGCUUUCCAUCACCCUGCCCCAUUCUCCCGCUUUCCGUCACCCCGCCCCAUUCUCCCGCUUUCCAUCACCCCACCCCCUUCUCCCACUUUCUAUCACCCCUCCCUAUUCUCUCGCUUUCCAUCACCCCUCCCCAUUCUCUCGCUUUCCAUCACCCCGCCCCAUUCUCCAGCUUUCCAUCACCCCGCCCCAUUCUCCCGCUCUACAUCACCCCGCCCCAUUUUCCCGCUUUCCAGCACCCCGCCCCAUUCUCCCGCUCUCCAUCACCCCGCCCCAUUUUCCCGCUUUCCAGCACCCCGCCCCAUUCUCCCGCUUUCCAUCACCCCGCCCCAUUCUCCCGUUUUCCAUCACCCACCCCAUUCUCCCGCUUUCCAUCACCCCGCCCCAUUCUCGCGCUUUCCAUCACCCCGCCCCAUUCUCCCGCUUUCCAUCACCCCGCCCCAUUCUCCCGCUUUCCAUCACCCCGGCCUAUUCUCCCGCUUUCCAUCACCUUGCCCGAUUCUCCUGCUUUCCAUCUCCCCGCCCCAUUCUCCCUCUUUCCAUCACCCCACCCCAUUCUCCCGCUUUUGAUCACCCCGCCCCAUUCUCCCUCUUUCCAUCACCCCGCCCCAUUCUCCCUCCUUCCAUCACCCCGCCAAAUUCUCCCGCUUUCCAUCACCCCACCCUAUUCUCCCGCUUUCCAUCACCCCGCCCCAUUCUCCCGCUUUCCAUCACCCCGCCCCAUUCUCCCGCUUUCCAUCAACCCGCCCCAUUCUCCCGCUUUCCAUGACCCCGCCCCAUUCUCCCGCUUUCCAUCACCCCGCCCCAUUCUCCCUCUUUCCAUCACCCCGCCCUGUUCUCCCGCUUUCCAUCACCCCGCCCCCUUCUCCCGCUUUCCAUCACCCCACCCCCUUCUCCCGCUUUCCAUCACCCUGCCCCUUCUCCCGCUUUCCAUCACCCCGCCCCAUUCUUCCGCUUUCCAUCACUCCGCCCCAUUCUCCCGCUUUCCAUUACCUCGCCCCAUUCUCCCGCUUUCCAUCACCCCGCCCCAUUCUCCCGCUUUCCAUCACCCCGCCCCAAUCUCCCGCCUUCCAUCACCCCGCCCCAAUCUCCCGCUUUCCAUCACCCCGCCCCAUUCUCCCUCUUUCCAUCACUCCGCCCCAUUCUCCCGCUUUCCAUCGCCCCGGCCCAUUCUCCCUCCUUCCAUCACCUCGCCCCAUUCUCCCUCCUUCCAUCACCCUGCCCAAUUCUCCCUCCUUCCAUCACCCCGUCCCAUUCUCCCGCUUCCAUCACCCCGCCCCAUUCUCCCGCUUUCCAUCACCCCGCCCCAUUCUCCCCCUUUCCAUCACCCCGCCCCAUUCUCCCGCUUUCCAUCACCCCGCCCCAUUCUCCCUGUUUCCAUCACCCCGCCCUAUUCUCCCUCUUUCCAUCACCCCGCCCUGUUCUCCCGCUUACCAUCACUCCGUCCCAUUCUCCCGCUUUUCAUCACGCCGCCCCAUUCUCCCGCUUUCCAUCACCCCGCCCCAUUCUCCCGCUUUCCAUCACCCUGCCCCAUUCUCCCGCUUUCCGUCACCCCGCCCCAUUCUCCCGCUUUCCAUCACCCCGCCCCAUUCUCCCGCCACCCCGCCCCCUUCUUCCGCUUUCCAUCACCCCGCCCCAUUCUCCCGCUCUCCAUCACCCCGCCCCAUUUUCCCGCUUUCCAGCACCCCGCCCCAUUCUCCGGCUUUCCAUCACCCCGCCCCAUUCUCUCCCUUUCCAUCACCCCGCCCCAUUCUCCCGCUUUCCAUCACCCGCCCCAUUCUCCCGCUUUCCAUCACCCCGCCCCAUUCUCCCUCUUUCCAUCACCCCGCCCCGUUCUCCCGCUUUCCAUCACCCCGCCCCCUUCUCCCGCUUUCCAUCACCCCACCCCCUUCUCCCGCUUUCCAUCACCCCUCCCCAUUCUCUCGCUUUCCAUCACCCCUCCCCAUUCUCUCGCUUUCCAUCACCCCGCCCCAUUCUCUCGCUUUCAUGCACACCGCCCCAUUCUCCCGCUUUCCAUCACCCCGCCCCAUUCUCCCGCUCUCCAUCACCCCGCCCCAUUUUCCCGCUUUCCAGCACCCCGCCCCAUUCUCCCGCUUUCCAUCAACCCGCCCCAUUCUCCCCCUUUCCAUCACCCCGCCCCAUUCUCCCGCUUUCCAUCACCCGCCCCAUUCUCCCGCUUUCCAUCACCCCGCCCCAUUCUCCCGCUUUCCAUCACCCCGCCCCAUUCUCCCGCUUUCCAUCACCCCGCCCCAUUCUCCCACUUUCCAUCACCCCGCCCUAUUCUCCCGCUUUCCAUCACCUUGCCCGAUUCUCCUGGUUUCCAUCUCCCCGCCCCAUUCUCCCUCUUUCCAUCACCCCACCCCAUUCUCCCGCUUUUGAUCACCCCGCCCCAUUCUCCCUCUUUCCAUCACCCCGCCCCAUUCUCCCUCCUUCCAUCACCCCGCCAAAUUCUCCCGCUUUCCAUCAUCCCACCCUAUUCUCCCGCUUUCCAUCACCCCGCCCCAUUCUCCCGCUUUCCAUCACCCCGCCCCAUUCUCCCGCUUUCCAUCAACCCGCCCCAUUCUCCCGCUUUCCAUGACCCCGCCCCAUUCUCCCGCUUUCCAUCACCCCGCCCCAUUCUCCCUCUUUCCAUCACCCCGCCCUGUUCUCCCGCUUUCCAUCACCCCACCCCCUUCUUCCGCUUUCCAUCACCCCACCCCCUUCUCCCGCUUUCCAUCACCCUGCCCUUCUCCCGCUUUCCAUCACCCCACCCCAUUCUCCCGCUUUCUAUCACCCCGCCCCAUUCUCCCGCUUUCCAUCACCCCGCCCCAUUCUCCCGCUUUCCAUCACCCCGCCCCGUUCUCCCGCUUUCCAUCACCCCGCCCCGUUCUCUUGCUUUCCAUCACCCCGCCCCGUUCUCCCGCUUUCCAUCACCCCGCCCCAUUCUUCCCCUUUCCAUCACCCCGCCCCGUUCUCCCGCUUUCCAUCAUCCCGCCCCAUUCUUCCGCUUUCCAUCACCCCGCCCCAUUCUCCCCCUUUCCAUCACCCCGCCCCAUUCUCCCCCUUUCCAUCACCCCGCCCCAUUCUCCCCCUUUCCAUCACCCCGCCCCAUUCUCCCGCUUUCCAUUACCCCGCCCCAUUCUCCCUCCUUCCAUCACCCCGCCCCAUUCUCCCGCUUUCCAUCACCCCGCCCCAUUCUCCCUCCUUCCAUCACCCCGCCCCAAUUUCCCUCCUUCCAUCACCCUGCCCCAUUCUCCCUCCUUCCAUCACCCCGCCCCAUUCUCACGCUUCCAUCACCCCGCCCCAUCCUCCCGCUUUCCAUCACCCCGCCCCAUUCUCCCCCUUUCCAUCACCCCGCCCCAUUCUCCCGCUUUCCAUUACCCCGCCCCAUUCUCCCUCCUUCCAUCACCCCGCCCCAUUCUCCCACUUUCCAUCACCCCGCCCCAUUCUCCCUCCUUCCAUCACCCCGCCCCAACUAA